UGCCCGGCCGCCGCUGCUGAGGGGACAGCGGCCGCCUCCGCGCUGCCGGCGCCUCGGCUCCGCUCCCUGCCGCUCCGCUCCCUGCCGCUCCGCUCGCCGGCUCAGGACUUGCAUACUGUGGCACAAAGAUUGCAUCACGCCCUGCGCUAUGUUCGUGUUUUGAAAUCCAAAGUGAUUAACCGACACGAAAGGACCCAGCUGGUUAUGUGACUUGGAACCCUGUUUAUGAAGCGCUCAUUCGUUUUUACAACACGGCAGCACUGUCCAGAGGAAGAAAUGACCAUGUAGAUUCUACAGCUUGAGUGCAGCAUAAUGGGAAAUGGUGAAUGGAGUGGAGCUGGUCUGCAGCCUUGAGAGCAGCCGUUCUGCAGACCACUAGCCAGCCAGGGACACCUUGCACGUCAGAGGCAUCUUCUGCGUCGCUCGCCGGACACACACUGGAUUCUUUUUAAUUUCUUAGAUUGGAAUUCAAGAUUCCUUUCCUUCAAUUUUUAAGAUUUUAAGAUUGUAUCAACUAUAACAAGUGGAGCAAUAUAAUCAGCAACAAUGGGUGACAUGACAAAUAGCGAUUUUUACUCCAAGAACCAAAGAAAUGAGGCCAACCAUGCAGGAGAGUUUGGGUGCACGCUGCAGGAACUGCGCUCCCUCAUGGAACUUCGAGGAACAGAAGCAGUAGUAAAAAUUAAAGAGACAUAUGGGGAAACGGAGGGUCUCUGCAGACAUCUGAAGACAUCACCAACAGAAGGAUUAGCUGGAACUGCUGCAGACCUAGAAAAAAGAAAGCUUAUUUUUGGAAAAAAUUUUAUACCUCCAAAGAAGCCAAAAACAUUCUUACAGCUAGUCUGGGAAGCGUUGCAGGAUGUGACUCUUAUAAUCUUGGAAAUUGCAGCCAUCAUAUCUUUGGGGCUUUCGUUUUAUCAGCCACCUGGAGAAGGGAAUGAAGGAUGUGGUACUGCAACAGGAGGAGCUGAAGAUGAAGGUGAGGCCGAAGCUGGCUGGAUUGAAGGUGCUGCCAUCCUACUCUCUGUUAUCUGUGUUGUACUUGUCACUGCCUUCAAUGACUGGAGCAAGGAGAAGCAGUUUCGGGGGCUUCAAAGUCGUAUUGAGCAGGAACAGAAAUUUACUGUUGUCCGAGGAGGACAGGUUAUCCAAAUCCCAGUGGCAGAGAUAGUAGUUGGUGACAUUGCACAGGUGAAAUAUGGCGAUCUUCUACCUGCUGAUGGGAUAUUUAUUCAAGGAAAUGAUCUUAAAAUUGAUGAAAGCUCUUUAACUGGAGAGUCAGACCAAGUCCGCAAAUCUGUCGACAAAGACCCAAUGCUACUGUCAGGUACUCACGUCAUGGAAGGCUCUGGACGAAUGCUGGUAACUGCUGUGGGGGUGAAUUCUCAGACAGGCAUCAUCUUUACUCUGCUGGGCGCUGGAGGAGAAGAAGAGGAAAAGAAAGAUAAGAAAGGUGUGAAACAGGAGGAUGGACCUCAGCUUCCAGUAGAUUCUUCCCAUCCCUCCUCCCACCCUCCUUCAGCCACAGAUGGUGCAACAGGUGCAAAUGCCACUGAUAAUGCAAAUGCCAGCUUAGUCAAUGGCAAAAUGCAGGAUGGGAAUAUGGAGAACAGCCAGAACAAAGCCAAGCAGCAGGAUGGGGCUGCUGCCAUGGAGAUGCAGCCACUGAAGAGUGCAGAAGGAGGAGAGGGCGAUGACAAAGACAAGAAGAAAUCCAACAUGCACAAGAAAGAAAAAUCUGUUCUUCAGGGAAAGCUGACCAAGCUGGCGGUUCAGAUAGGCAAAGCAGGUUUGGUGAUGUCUGCCAUCACUGUAAUAAUUUUGGUACUAUAUUUUGCCAUUGACACGUUUGUGGUCAACAAGAAGCAGUGGUUGCCUGAGUGCACUCCUGUCUACGUGCAGUAUUUUGUUAAGUUCUUCAUUAUUGGUGUUACUGUACUUGUGGUCGCUGUUCCCGAGGGACUUCCACUUGCCGUCACCAUUUCUCUGGCUUAUUCUGUAAAGAAAAUGAUGAAGGAUAACAAUCUGGUCCGUCACUUGGAUGCUUGUGAAACGAUGGGUAACGCUACAGCCAUCUGCUCCGACAAAACAGGGACGCUGACGACCAACCGGAUGACGGUCGUCCAAGCCUACGUUGGUGACAUCCACUACAAAGAGAUCCCUGACCCAGAUUCUGUGCCCGCCAAAACCCUGGAGUUGCUGGUCAAUGCAAUUGCUAUCAAUAGUGCUUACACUACCAAAAUUCUGCCACCAGAAAAAGAGGGUGGCCUGCCUCGCCAGGUAGGCAACAAGACGGAGUGCGGACUCUUGGGAUUUGUCCUGGAUUUGAAGCAGGAUUAUGAGCCUGUUCGCAACCUCAUCCCCGAGGAGAAACUCUAUAAAGUUUACACUUUCAACUCUGUCAGAAAGUCAAUGAGCACUGUCAUUAAAAUGCCAGAUGGUAGCUUCCGAAUGUACAGCAAAGGAGCUUCGGAAAUUGUUCUGAAGAAAUGUUCCAGGAUCCUCAAUGCAGCUGGUGAACCUCGGAUCUUCAGACCUCGUGACCGGGAUGAAAUGGUGAAAAAAGUGAUUGAACCUAUGGCCUGUGAUGGACUGAGAACUAUCUGUGUUGCUUUCCGAGACUUUAACAGCAGCCCAGAGCCCGACUGGGACAACGAAAAUGACAUAUUAUCUGACCUGACUUGCAUUUGUGUUGUUGGCAUUGAAGACCCAGUAAGGCCAGAGGUCCCAGAAGCCAUAAGAAAGUGCCAGCGAGCUGGAAUUACAGUCCGCAUGGUCACUGGAGACAACAUCAACACAGCUCGUGCCAUUGCCAUCAAAUGUGGAAUCAUUCAUCCAGGAGAAGACUUUCUCUGCCUUGAAGGGAAAGAGUUUAACAGAAGGAUCCGAAAUGAGAAAGGAGAGAUUGAGCAAGAGAGAAUUGACAAGAUCUGGCCAAAGCUUCGAGUGCUUGCUCGCUCAUCUCCCACGGACAAACACACUUUGGUAAAAGGUAUUAUUGACAGCACACAGGUGGAACAGAGGCAGGUCGUAGCUGUGACUGGUGAUGGAACCAAUGAUGGACCAGCACUUAAAAAAGCUGAUGUUGGCUUUGCAAUGGGUAUUGCUGGAACAGAUGUUGCAAAGGAGGCCUCAGAUAUCAUCCUAACAGAUGACAAUUUCAGCAGCAUUGUGAAGGCUGUAAUGUGGGGACGUAAUGUCUAUGACAGCAUCUCCAAGUUCCUGCAGUUCCAGCUCACUGUCAACAUUGUGGCUGUGAUUGUGGCUUUCACUGGAGCAUGCAUUACCCAGGACUCUCCUCUAAAAGCUGUACAGAUGUUGUGGGUCAAUCUAAUUAUGGACACCUUUGCCUCCCUCGCUUUGGCCACUGAACCUCCGACAGAGGCUCUGUUGCUGAGAAAGCCAUAUGGCAGGAACAAACCUCUUAUAUCCCGUACUAUGAUGAAGAACAUUCUGGGCCAUGCUGUUUAUCAGCUUACUCUCAUAUUUACUCUUCUUUUUGUUGGUGAGAAAAUGUUUAAGAUUGACAGUGGGAGGAAUGCACCACUUCACUCUCCUCCUUCAGAGCAUUACACUAUUAUCUUCAACACCUUUGUCAUGAUGCAGCUUUUCAAUGAGAUCAACGCACGGAAAAUCCACGGUGAAAGGAAUGUCUUUGAUGGCAUCUUCAGAAAUCCUAUUUUUUGCACUAUUGUACUGGGUACAUUUGCCAUUCAGAUAGUAAUUGUCCAGUUUGGAGGAAAACCAUUUAGCUGUUCUCCCCUGCAACUUGACCAGUGGAUGUGGUGUGUAUUUAUUGGAUUAGGAGAACUUGUAUGGGGUCAGGUCAUUGCAACAAUCCCAACAAGUAGGCUAAAGUUUUUAAAGGAGGCAGGGAGGCUCACUGAGAAGGAGGAGGUCCCUGAAGAAGAACUCAAUGAAGAUGUUGAAGAAAUUGAUCAUGCAGAGAGAGAACUUCGCCGUGGACAAAUUCUCUGGUUCAGAGGGCUCAACAGAAUCCAAACCCAGAUCGAAGUAGUCAAUACUUUCAAGAGUGGCACUUCCUUUCAGGGGGCUCUAAGGAGACAGUCCUCCGUCACAAGCCAGACCCAGGAUAUCCGCGUCGUGAAGGCAUUCCGUAGCUCUCUCUAUGAAGGUUUAGAAAAACCAGAAUCUAGAACCUCUAUUCACAACUUUAUGACUCAUCCUGAAUUUAGGAUAGAAGAUUCCCAGCCCCACAUCCCACUCAUUGAUGACACAGACCUAGAAGAAGACCCUGCUCUCAAGAAAAACUCGAGUCCACCGUCUUCACUCAACAAGAACAACAGUGCUAUCGACAGUGGAAUAAAUCUUACAACUGAUACAAGUAAAUCAGCUACCUCUUCUAGUCCAGGAAGCCCAAUACAUAGCCUGGAGACAUCACUUUAGCUGAAAAGGUCACUGCAAAAAAAAAAAGAAAAAGAAAUUAAGAUAAAAUGAGAUUUAACAACCCCACAGCAACCGAAAGAUAUAAAUAUAUAUAUUAAAAACAUUGCUGGCUGAAAAGCUGUUUGAACUCUUAUUCACUCUGAGACAAGUGAAUGAAUUGUUGAUCACAAUGGUUUUGGGGAAAGAAUGAAUGGCUGAUUUACAUACUCCCCUUCUUCCCUUUCAGAAAAACAACAACAAAAAAAAUCCUCUUGCAUGAAUGUACUGUACACUUCUGGCCCUUCUCUCUCUCUCUCUCUCUCUCUUUCUCUCUCUCUGUUUCUUUUCAUUUCCUCUUUUUUUUUUCCUCCUGAAGCAGGAACUGCAGAGGACUUCUUUCUGAGGCUAUUUAUCCAAUUCACUGGUCUGUGAGUUCUUUGAAAUGCUUGUGUGGCAUGGACUCAAUUGUAUAGAUUAAUUUAAAUAACUUUUUUGAAGUUGCAAAGCUUAACUUGCACAGUAGAUUUGCACCAGUUGGACAGAGGAACUUAAACAUUUAUGAGACUAUAUAUAGAGAUAUAUACAUAUAAGUAUA